AUGUUUCCAGCUUUCCUUCUCCAAGCUUGGUCGCUGUCUUUGGUUUCAAUGAAGGCUUGCAGGCCUUUGAUGCUGCAAUGGGUAAGUGAGAAUGUGGUGCUCAGCGAGUUCGAAGGUUUCAACCUCAUGCCAAGAAUUGUGGCAGCAAAGCUCGAAGAGUCCUCGCCACAUCAACUCUACUCGUGCGGUUGUGCUUGGGGGACUGAGGAUAGUGCACGAGUUGCGUGCUUGUCGUGCAUUUUCUCUUACGGAGGCGUGACACUUGCGUUUGCAAGUUCUCCGAAUGGCCUCACACUUUUGCGAGCGAAGGGAUUUCUUUUCAAAUGACAAAAUGCAUGGACGUUGGAGCAAGCGCAAAUGCAAGGAAUGUUGCAGUCGGCUUUGGUUGUCGAUAUGUGGAGAAACAACUGAUGCGCACUUGGUGAGGUGGGAGUCAGGUGGAAGACAUGAACUGUUAGCAUGUGAAGUGCAUGCAAUGCAUAUUUUGAGGGAUGCACAUCGGGUAGCGCCCAAGUGCAGUUCGUGACUCCAGAAAUCAUGCUUGUUCUAUACACUGCGAUGAAACAGCCUAGGCCGUAUAUCAGAGCUGAAGUUUGUCACUGCUGGUUGUCUGGAUGUGCGCUCACUUUUUUACUUGUUGCUGCCGCAGUUGCUAGAGCAAAAUUGCUCAGGUGCUUCCGUUGUGGCAAUCACCGACCUCACCUGGCGCUCUUCCUGGACUCAGCUUCACACAGAGUGCUGCAACCGACAGAUAAGAUGCCUUCCACCUACUAUGAGUAGACGUGGUUCGCUUGCCUCAGCCAGACUUAGCAACCAAAGAAAUUUUGUCUUCUUCUUCUUCUGCUGUCAUUGACAUCUUCUGCUGUCAUUGCACUUGCUGAUUUGUGAUGCCAAUGGGCAGGAGUGCAGUUUUGAUUGAAGAAGGUGCAUUGCUUCUGUUCACAAGGUCAGUACUGUGUGCUGUAUCCUCUGCAGCUGGGUACGGUGUUUCAGGAUUUUGUUUGCCAAUGCUUUCUUGGCAUGUGCUGGCAGCCUCGAUGUCAGUUCUAUCAGUUCAUCAAGCUCUCUUUGUUCAUGUGGCUGGGUGUUGCUUCUUUGUGGACAUUCCAAAGAGGUCCGAUGCUUUUUUGGUGACCAUCUCCGCUCAUCCGAUCCAACACUAUUUUCAUCAAUCGAUGAGGAGCACCACGUUAAACCAAGCUCAUGAAUCCGCCACUUUGAAACGGCCAGCGAAGAUGAAAA